AUGGCUGAAUUCUGGAUCCUCAUCUUCUACAGAACAUUUAAGGGUAUCGUAAUUCCAAAUUAUGCUCCCAGAAAUAAGGCCCUAACAUGGUACCAUUCGGAUAUGUUGUCCCAAAUACACCGAAUCCACCCCCUCAUGCUCUCCUCCUUCAUUACAACAAAUGGACUGAAGUUCAUAUUUCUGCUCCAUUCGCUCUCCAAGUGUCUUCCAUCUUUCACUUACGCUUACGUCCGAUUACGUAUCCAGAAUUCAUCCAUCGAUUCCUACAAGGUUUCGACGACGGGGCAAAAACAAGUCCGGCUCUGUUUACGGUUCGAGGAACUCAUCUCGUAUUGGUACGCGUACUUGGAAUAUGUCGACCUCAUUGCUAAUCCAGCGAAGAGAGUUGCGGAGAGCUUCCAUGUUCGCGUAAUUAGGAUUGAAAUCGACAUUAUUAAUGCUAGAGGAAUUCUACUCCAAACAUGGUUGCGACGAGUUAUGAUUUAUUCCGUUUCGAGGCUAAGAGGUAAACUACGCCUGAAGGUGGCCACAGUAAACUUGCGCGAGAUUUCCUUUCAACAAGAUUACAGAUUUAAAUUCAAGCUUUGUUGGUUUGCGAAACGAGAGAAUAGCCCAUUACGUCUUUCAGAUUUGGAAGAUGGGGAGAACACUUUCAUUGCGGGACACAUAGAGUUGGCAGGAGAUGAGGAGAGUGUGGUGAGUGAUUUGGGGAUGGAAGGAAUAAGAGUAGGCAAGUCCAAGCAUGAAUUGGAACCCAAGAUGAAGUCAAUUGAUAUGAUACAUGAGAAGAAAAGGUCCUUGUCGGAAACUGAACAAGGACACGAUGCUCUAUCCCGAUACAGCCAUCUACCUGAACACCAAAUCAACGCAGCCGCCUGCCAACAAAUUCAUUCACCCCCUCUCUAA